UGUAAAAGUGUCAGUAACGGCAAGUUGUCACACUAAAAGUCUUUUGACUGAAAUGUACGCCCUGUUUAACAAGUUUCUGUUUUUGAACAAUAUCUGAUUGAAAUAACAUGCAUCACGUCACAACUGCAGUGGUGUCAUGGGGGGUUGGUUCUCUGAAGCAAUGAGUAUUAUAAGUACUUGUGCUCGUAUUCAGCCUGAUAAAAAGUGGUAUAACACUAACAGUGGUACUUUUGGAACAUUUAGGGUGAUUAGAUCCAUAGAUGUGUUGUUUCUCCGGAAGUGGUAUCGUUUGGUCAUGGCGUCGAGCUUGACAGGCUGGUCCCACCAUCGCACACCGCCACAACAGCUGGGGGAGGAUUUCCGAGCCCGUCACAGCGAAGAUGGUGGCAGCUCCAGGCGUGUAGAUGUUCCGUACGCCCGGAUAACACGCAAACCAGCCACGAGAGUUAUCCCAUGGAUAGAUAAAACCGGCGUUUUCGUUUUAGCUCCAGCAAGAGGGUUGUAAAAAAGGGAGGCGACAAGCGGCUCACUGAAAAGGACCCGCACACACGCUUCAGCGUACACUCCUGUGUGUAUUGGACACACACACACACACGAACUAGUGCCAUCCAGACCCCGAGGAGUUGAUUCCGAUAAGUCUGCUCUCUGUUGUUGGCUGCUUUUGGAUCGUUUUCACAAGGAUUUGCGAGAGGGUUUCCUCUUGUUUGCUCUGGGGAUUUUUCACUUCUUCUUCGCCCAGGGGGGAUGUGAAGGGAGGAAAUCGAGCUCCAAAUAACCGCAGUUCUCACUGUGUCCCCUCUCUAAACGCAGGAAAUACGGCCUGGGGAAAAACUUUUUUUGGAGACGGGCUCUGAGGCUGACGGUUUGCAUGACUUAAAUCUUAAGUAGUAGAAUUUUACCCUCACCACACCUCUCUGGAAUCCAACGCCGCUGGAUAUACGGAGAAAAGUCUUCGAAUGUUAAAUCCUGGGAUGUGUUGUUACUAUUGCAAAGAGCUUUGAUCAUCACUAUUUAUAGAGCAGCCUCGACCCAGGCUGUUCCUCGUAUCUUGUAUGUUUUGCCAACUGCGCGCAACAAGUUGCAGUCACUCCCAGUUGAGUCAAAGCGACGCUAAUUUGGGCCAGUGGUUGGUAUUUUCUGUGCUUCUCUUUUCGGAUUACGCUCUCGGAAUAGCACAUACCUCUCCCAACCCUCUUUGGAAGGUAGAGGGGGUGGGGGGGACACACGGAGGAGAUCCGGAGCGGGAGUUCAGGAAAGGACGGGGCUGGAUCUGUGGGAAUAGGCCUGCCUGUCUGCCAGGCCUCAUAUACGAGCUGGAUUCUGGUCAUGGAUUGGGCUCCGAAAUUUUGCUGUCAAGAAGAUUUAUAAGACUAAAGAUGGAAGGAAUGAAUGCACGGAAAUCCAAUUGUUCAGCACGCUGCUUGAGAAGGAAUGCAGAAGGUAAAAUUGCCUGACCCAGAAACCAACCCUUUUUGUUAUAUUUUGAAGGCUGGACUAUUAUAUUUUUGAAUCUUUACACCGUGUCACAUUUUCCUAACUUUUCAUCAUGCUGCUGCAGAGGUGGAGUUUUUAAGAGACUACAGACUGAAGGUGCCAUUUGUUGCAGAGUUGCAAGGGACCGUUUUAAAUUUUGUACACAUCACCAAGACACAUGACAGCCUACAUCUGGAUGUGCUUUUGCAACGCAACCAUGGAUGAUCAAUGUUGGAGACGGACUGAUUAGUGACUGUUGUUUUACUGUGGAGAAACUCAGUCUGAAGCACAGAUGCUCUUUGCAGAGUGAUUCUUGUGAUGUGAGUGAUGACGCAAAUCCAGGGUCUCAUCAUGAGCAGCUCAAUAAGCUGGAACGGUAUGAGUGAGCUUUUCAGCCUCUGUGUGCGGAGUAAAGACGUCUGCGCCUCAUGCUCAACACUAUAAGUGUGACUAUUCCAGCGAAAACACCUUUGAGCCCCUACCCCCUAUCCUUCCCUCCCCACAGUGCCACAUGUGAACACGCAGCGCCCACGCAACACGUCUAAUUGCCUGAGGACCAUCCAAAGCUAUUAAUAUUUAACUCCACUCCCGCACCCCUCCUUUUCCCGCGUCAAUAUGGCCACGCUGCAACAGCACCGGCAGCUUCUCACGCACACCACAGAAGUGAGUUGCAAUUCCAACAGAGAUGGUGAUGUGACCGUACGGAUUACUAAGAGUAUGCUGACGCCACCCGUGCAACAGCAUGAGCCGGUUCGGCCCGCCACCAUUGCCGGAGGAGUCCGAGGCCGUGAGGAUCGAAGUAAAAUGAACCCUAACCUCCACAAAUACAGUAUUUCCUCCAGCUGCAGCUCCGCAGACUCUAGACUGGCUACGACCUCCACAACGAGGGUGCACAGGAAGGCACCGCCACUGUUUGAGCGCUCCGCUGCCCAAUGCUGGGACCCCAAGUUUGACUCCCCCAUCCUGGAGGAGGCGUGCCAAGAGAGGUGCUUUCCUCAGACUCAGCGGCGUUUUCGAUAUGUCCUGUUCUACCUGGCGGUGGCUGCUGUGCUCUGGGCCAUUUACUUUACCGUCAAUAGUGACCGCUGCAACCCCAUGACUUUCCUGGCUCCCACGGCCUCCUUUUUGGUGCUCCUAGCACUCCUCUUCUUGUUCACCUUAACUCAUUACUACGCGCAACUGUACAACCAAACAUCGUUGCUCCUGAUUGCAGUUACCUUCGCCAUCACUUUGGCCCCACAGAUACAGACUGCCGGCUACACUGAGCUGGAGUGGGCUCACCAUGCAAAUGCUUCAUACCAUUUUCCAGAUUUGCCUUUGUCCCCUUGUAUCUCCCCAGUGGCUACCUUUUCUUUGUGUAUCGAGGUCCUCUUGUUGUUAUACAGUGUUCUCCAUGUGCGUCUGUAUGCAUCGGUAAUGCUGGGGUUCUUAUACUCGAUAUUAUUUGAGGCAUUAGGGUGGCUACCAUUGCUUCACAGAAGCUAUGAUGUUACUGAACGGGGGACGCAUUUGGGAAGUUCUAGCACCAAUUGGGAAACAGACACUCUCCGAUGGCUGGGUCCAGCCAAAGCGCUGCUUCACUUGUGUGUCCACGUCAUCGGUAUCCACUUGUUCAUUAUGUCAGAGGUGCGCUCCCGCAGCACCUUUCUCAAAGUGGGCCAGGCCAUCAUGCAUGGCAAGGACCUUGGGGUGGAGAAGGCUUUGAAGGAGCGUAUGAUCCACUCUGUCAUGCCUCGACGCGUCGCAGACGAACUAAUGAAGCAGGGUGACGACGAGGGCGGCGGGAGUGAGAACUGUGGCAAGCGUUAUUCCUCUGGUACCUGCUCUGCGUCAGCUGUCUCAGUGGGCAGUGGAGGAGGUGUCGGUGGAGCUUCGCCAUCACAAAAUUCCACCAGUCCCAAGAACUACCCACAUAACAACCACAAACGCAAGAAGACCUCCAUCCCACGAGGACAGAUAAUAUUUCGACCUUUCAACAUGAAACGCAUGGAACCCGUUAGUAUCCUUUUUGCAGAUAUUGUGGGCUUCACGAAAAUGUCUGCCAAUAAGUCUGCACCAGCCUUGGUCGGUCUUCUCAAUGAUCUCUUUGGACGCUUUGACCGUCUUUGUGAACUAACCUGUUGUGAGAAGAUCAGCACACUGGGUGAUUGUUAUUACUGCGUCGCAGGUUGCCCUGACCCUAGACCUGACCAUGCCUACUGCUGUGUGGAGAUGGGUCUUGGUAUGAUCCAGGCCAUCGAACAAUUUUGCCAGGAGACAUGUGAGACUGUCAGCAUGCGUGUUGGUGUCCAUACCGGCACUGUUCUGUGCGGGAUUCUUGGAAUGAAACGCUUCAAAUUUGACGUAUGGUCAAAUGAUGUCAAUCUGGCUAACUUGAUGGAGCAGCUUGGUGUGGCGGGCAAGGUCCAUCUGUCUGAAGCCACUGCUCAGUUCCUGGAUGACCGUUACAAACGGGAAGAUGGCCGAGUGGUGGAGCGAGCCGGAGAGAGUGUGGUGGAGAAGCUGAAGGGGUUGAAAACCUACCUGAUCUCAGGAAAGAAGUUAGGAUACGAUGUGCAGUACGGCUGUUCUCAGAUGGAAACUGACUUUGUUGGGAUGAGCCUGCCCGCUUGUACACAGUACCAUGCUCCUGAAAUCAUCCACGGAGGUGGCCAAGCUGCUGAACCCUUGCUGCCCAACCAACCACCAGACAAGACAGGGCAACCAUCUGCUUCCCGCCUUGAGGUCAGUUCUUCAGCAGCAGAACAGAGUGAUGAAGUGGCUGCGCUAAACGGCUGCCAGGAUGAGCGCAAGAUUAGCAGUGCUAAGUUCGUUCCCGGUAACAGCCUCAGGACGGCCAAUGGCCUCCUGAGCCCCACACUGGAUGAUCCAGUGAGGGCAAGUCAGAGCUCUUUGUGCGACAUACUCCAGGAGAAAGAGAAGAAGACGAGCACGAGCACGAUGACCGGCGCCAGUGUUGCCAUGGCAGUUGGCGCUGGACCACCGGGUACAGGCAUGGAGCACUCUGCCCUUAUUCAGCUGCGUGCCAAGAACUUUCGAGAAAAGAGCGACGUCCACUUUGUCGAUGUUAUCAGAGAGGACAGUCUGAUGAAGGAUUAUUUUUUCAAACCACCCAUCAACAAGAUCAGCCUGAACUUUCUAGACCAACCCCUGGAGACAGCAUAUCGCAGCAGCUACAAAGAUGAGGUGAAAAACCAGGUCCAAGAACAGACCUUUGCAAGCUGCACGUUCAGCUCUUUCCUUGACGUUCUUUUGAGCUGUUUUGUCUUCUUGGCCCUCACGCUGGCAUGUUUCCUCCCCCCACUGGUGAGCUCAGCCACUGUCGGCCCCCCAUCUUCUGCGUCACUUGCUGUAGCCCCUCUGGCCGGCCUGUUGGAGCUGGCCUCCUUGGUGCUCUCAAUACGCAUGGCCUUCUAUCUGGAGGAAGUGAUGAGCUGUACCCGUUCCCUGCUUUUGGUGGUAUCGGGCUGGGCCGCUCGUCACAUGAUUGGGGCAGUGUUGGUUUCCCUACCGGCUGUUUCGGUCUUGUCCCACCUGACCUGCGGUGUUCAGCUACCUCUUCAGCUGACAAUGUUCUUGUGCUGUGCCACUAUCAUCGCCAUCAUCCAGUACUGUAACUUCUGUCAACUCAGUUUUUGGAUGCGUUCGAUUUUGGCCACUGUUUCUGGGAUCACCAUGUUGCUGUUGCUGUACAGCCCUUUGCACAGCUCCAGUAAUAACAACUUAGCAGUUCAUGGAUCAAACAUCUCCAUAUUCUCAAAUGUUGGGUCAACUUUACGGUCAGACCAGGACCCUUCUCUAAGACCUCAUGAUCUUCUGGUGCCAGAAGCGGUUCUUGCCUUCUUUCUGCUUCUUCUCCUUGUGUGGUUCCUAAACCGUGAGUUUGAGGUCAGCUACCGUUUGCAUUACCAUGGCAACGUGGAGGCUGACAAGCACCGCUCCAAGAUUCAGACCAUGCGGGACCAGGCAGAGUGGUUACUUGGCAACAUAAUCCCCAUCCAUGUUGCUGACCAGCUCAAGGUAACACAGAGCUACUCCAAAAACCAUGACAGUGUGGGUGUGAUCUUUGCCAGUAUCGUGAACUUCAGUGACUUCUAUGAGGAGAGCUACGAGGGUGGGAAAGAGUGCUACCGUGUCCUCAAUGAGCUAAUUGGGGAUUUUGACGAGCUCCUUCGAAAAAACGAAUUCAAAAGCGUGGAAAAAAUCAAGACAAUCGGCUCCACUUACAUGGCGGCAUCUGGAUUGAAUGUCCAGCAACUGGGGGAGAAUGAAGAGGACGCUCCGCACACUCACCUGAUGGCGCUUUUCAACUUUGCCCUGGAGAUGAUGGGCGUACUGGAUGACUUCAACAAGAACCUGCUGGGCUUCGGUUUCAAGCUCCGCAUCGGAUUCAACCACGGGCCGCUGACGGCGGGGGUGAUCGGCACCACUAAGCUGCUGUAUGACAUCUGGGGAGACACGGUCAACAUUGCCAGCCGCAUGGACUCCACUGGUGUGGAGUGUCGGGUGCAGGUGAGCGAAGAAAGCCACGCUGUGCUCAGUGCCAUGGGAUUGGACUUUGAUUACAGAGGUACUGUGAAUGUGAAGGGAAAAGGCCAAAUGAGGACCUUUCUGUUCCCUAAAAAUGGGGACUACAUGUGCCAAGAUCAACAGGAGCUCAAUGCCAGGGAAGGACCCUCGCCAGCGGCAUCAUUGACAAACACUCGAUCAGCUGUUGCCCAGGCAACCGUCCCCCAGCCUCCCUCCUCUCCGUCCACAUUUCCACCAUCCUUACCAUGUGCGGUAAGGCCCAAGACCAUCUCGGCUUUGUCCGCAGAAGCGGGGAAGGAAGGCUAUAGGGACCCUUCAAACCAAGCUGGGGAAUCAUCCACCAAAGACCAUCCCUUCCUUCAUGCCAUCUCUGACCCCGUAGCCUCAGAAGGUGUGCAAGUACCCGCUCAGGCGCAGUCACGUGGCGAGGAUAUUGGCGAGGAUGCAGAUGAGCUAACAAGACUUAAUGAGGAGUUUUACGCCCGCCUCUGAUCCUCUUUAUCCCCCAUCCCAUUUUUUUUUUUUUUUGUUUCAUUUGGUUUUUGUUUUAUCCCUCUGCUGCCCUGAGCUGCUAUCACUCCAAGGGCUGGUUGCUGGUCCAGGCAAUAUGUCCCUUCCUCUUGGCAAGUCAUGAAGAAGAGGAAAAUGGUUGAGGUAAAAGAGGAAAAAUCGCUACAUCCAUUGUUAAAUGGAAUUUAAUGUUGCAGUAGACUGAAUUUGUGUUGAGCACAGAAGAGAAGAAGGAUGAUGGGCAAAAGGGGCAAAACCAUAUUUUGUUGUUGUUGUUUUUUUUUUUAAAUCGCAUUGUUAUUAAGUGCCUUCAGGACUAGAGCUGAACAAAUUUGAAUACCGAACAAAGGUUGAACAGUCUUUGUGUAUAUGUGUGUGCGUGUGCGUGUGCGUGUUUGUGUGUGUGUGUGUGUGUGUGUGUGUGUUUUUUUUUUUUUUUUAGCCCAUAACAUGUAGACUGCCGAACACUCUGAGGUUUCUUUCACAACACUUUUAUUUUCAGUGCAAAAAAAA